AUGGAUUACUUGGCAGCCGAGCGCGAACGUGGCAUCACGAUCAACAGCGCCGCUAUUACAUUUGGAUGGCAGGGCCAUCGCAUCAAUCUGAUCGAUACCCCUGGUCAUGUGGACUUUACAAUGGAAGUGGAACGUGCUGUGCGUGUCCUUGACGGAGCGGUGACCAUUCUCGAUGGCGUAGCCGGGGUGGAAGCACAAACAGAAACUGUAUGGGCUCAAGCAGAUCGAUACGAUAUUCCGCGCAUUGCGUUUGUGAAUAAACUCGAUCGUACAGGGGCUGCAUUUGGACGAACGGUGCGAGAAAUGUGGAAGAAAUUGCGUGUUAGACCGCUCGUAUUGCAAAUUCCCUUAUUUAACGAGGACGCCUUUGAUGACAAACAGAAACGGGUCAAAGCCAUUGCCGACCUUGUGUCCAUGGAAGUGAUCGAAUGGGAACGAGACGAUGGGUCAAACCUUAAACGCACUCCUUUGGCAUCCUAUGGCAACCUCGCUCUGUUGGAGGAAGCGAAACGAGGUCGCACAGCAUUAAUUGAAGCACUGGCGGAAUUGGAUGAUGGUAUUGUGGAAGUGUUCUUUGAUGAAGCGGACGGGGAUCAUAUGCUUGUGCCUGAAGAAGCUGUCAAGGCCUCUUUACGACGUGUCACGCUUGCAAAUAAAGCGGUACCUGUAUUAUGUGGUGCUGCUUUCAAAAAUGUGGGUGUUCAACCGUUGUUGGAUGCCAUUAUUGAUUAUCUGCCCAGCCCUCUUGAUCGUCCCUCGGCUAUUGCUACUCUGAGGACAGGCAAAACCGCCUUGGUUCCGCUGUCGGAUAAGGAAAAAUUGUGUGCUUUGGCUUUCAAAGUGACUCACGAUCCACGGCGCGGACCUUUGGUCUUUGUCAAAGUAUAUUCUGGCAAGAUCAAUAGUCGCAUGACACUCUUCAACACAACUACGAAUACAAAGGAACGAGUCAAUAAGCUGUUGCAGGUCUACGCCAAAGAUGUGGAAGAAAUUCCUUCCCUGGACUGUGGUAAUAUCGGCGUGAUUGUGGGUCUCAAAGAAACGAGAACAGGUGACACGCUUGUACAAUCCAACGAUACAACCGCUAUUCGAUCGGGUCUGCAACUUGGCAAUAUCGAUAUCCCCCAUCCGGCAUUUUUCUCGGCCAUCGAACCGGCCUCGGUAUCUGAGGAACCAGUGAUCGAGGAAGCCCUCAAAAAUCUGACACGAGAGGAUCCGUCUUUGAAAUAUUGGACUGACGAAGAAAGCGGUCAAAUGCUUAUCAGUGGUAUGGGAGAACUGCAUUUGGAAAUCGUAAAAGGCCGCUUGUUGAACGAUUUCAAGUGCAAAGCGGACAUGGGCAGCAUCCGUAUCAGUUAUCGCGAAACCUGCCGAUCGGCCAUUGCAGCGCAAGCUAGUUAUGAUAAACAAGUGAUGGGCAAGCGAGCACGCGCCAAUUGCAAAGUGGAGAUUGCUCCUAUCGAAGAAGAGACCUUGCCGGAAGGGUGGACCCAGAAUUCUGGCAACUACCUGGGCAUGGACUUGCGGUUCUCGAAAGACUCGAAUUCACAAGAGACCGAUAAAGCCCAUUUGAAUCCCGAAGAAGUUCAUCAGGCAGUGCAAACCGGUUUGCUUUCUGGUCUAGCUCGCGGUGCAGUGGUGGGUUUCCCGCUGACUCAACUGAAGGUGAAAGCGUAUGAUUUGGAGACCUUUGCGGAAUCUACGCCUGGUGCUAUAGCCGCCUGUGUCUCGAAUGCCGUACAAGAAGCUGUCAAGCAAGCCGCGCCGUGUUUGCUUGAACCGAUGAUGGAAGUUUAUACCGAGGUGCACGAAAAUGAUAUUGGACAGGUGAUCAGUGAUAUUUCUGGCACCCGCCGUGGCCAUAUUAUUGGACUGGAGGCCACUGCCGACGCGGAUGUGACGAAUGAUUCGGUGGAGAUUUACGCCCCUCGAGACGUGGUCCCUGUCACAGGCGAUGUCGAAGGUUACAAGCCAAAACAAGUGAUCAAAGCGCAUGUACCGUUAAGUUCGAUGCUCGGCUAUUCGAGUGCAUUACGAAGUCUCACUGGCGGAAGCGGUACAUUCUCCAUGCGUGUUAUUGGCUAUGGUGAAAUGAGCAAAGACAGAGAGCGAGCUGUGAUUAGCGAAAUGAAAGGAUGGUAA